AUGCAGACGCCGACGCAAACCGAGGCGGGCGCGCCGCGCGCUCUUAUAGGCCGGAGCGCCGCGCCCCGCCCACCCCAGCCCGCAGCCAAUCGCCGCCCGCGCAUCCGGCCCGCGCCCCUGGGGGCGUCGGCACGUGAGUGGCCAGGAGGGGCCGGGGGGCGGGACCACGGGGGCCGCGCGGGGAGCCUCGCGCCCCGCGGCGCCGGCUCCCUCCGCCCAGCGGCUCUAAAACGCCCAGAAACAUGGAACUGUGGAAAAAUUCGGCCUUUCCCUUCCGAUCCGUACGUCCGCGAGAUUGCGAGAGCGAGGGGAUGCAAUUGUCUUCAUGAUCUUCUACUACUUUGGGUGGAUAAGAAUCAGGUGAGACUCAUGCAAUCAACUGAAGACCUGAAUAGUUCAAAAAGACUGAAUAAGAGGGAACUUUUCCUGCCUGAAUCUCUGAGUCAGAACAUCCAUCCUCUCCUGCCCUCCAACUGUUACGUACAUCAACCCUCCUGGUUCUCCAGCUUGCCUGCUUCUCAGCCUCCAUCACCACAUGAGUGAAUUCCUUAUUUUAUAUAUUAUAUAUAUAUAUAUAAAAUAUUA